AUGGGUGAGCUGGCGUCCUCUCCGACCCACGCAACCGCCGACGCGACCCUGGACAUCCUUGGAUCCAUCUUUGCCGAGCAGGAGUUGCUACACGUGCCCAGCAGUGAUGUCAGGAUCAACAGGGACGGGACUCUCUCCUACGGCAGGACAGACACAAAUGGUACUGCCACCACCAGCACCAACAGGGGGACUGUUCGGGCUGCACCCAGGGGGGAGCACAGACCCAACAGGGCGACUAACGGUGUCCCAUCGAACCAGUCAGCCCUUGGAUCUCCCCCGGAGUCUCAGGGUUCGGCGGGAACGUCGUCCUCAGGCCACAACAACCAAGGUUCCCAGCAAGGAGGCACAGCCUUUACUACAUCACCCAUCACUUCUGGGUCUUCAACUGCAACCUCUGGGUCAUCUCAGGAUGGGCAGCACCCAUGGGGACCACUUGGUAACCAAGGAGCCACCUCCCUAACAACUGGUUGUCUUGGCAACGAGCCAAAUAGUAACACCAGUGAUGAUGAAAAGGAGGAAGGGCCUUCAAAAAGAAAAUCUGAGAGCAUGGACUCUUUUAAGCCCCAACAGGAUUCGAAAGACGAAUCAAACAGUUCAGCAGAGGAAAGCAGUAGUAGGCUCUUCACACACUCACAAAGACAGUGGAAACCCAUACAGAUAAACAUCAAGUCAUCGUUGCCACACACAGAUACGAGUCCAGUACAGGGCUCCGUUACAACUGACCUGCCUGACAGAGAGGAGCCACAGGAGGGUGCUGCCGGGAUGGAGGACAAGCUGAACACAUCCUCACACAGCUCUGGUGCUGAGGAGGAGUACAAUCCCUUCUCCCCUACGGCCUCCCCUGAUCACGGAGAGGAGGGUAGCGGGUCGGUGGAGUACAACCCCUUCAGUCCGACACCCGAGGAGGAGGAUGAAGAACAGUCGAACCCGUCUCCCGAGUCAGAAACAAACAACAAUGACCUCGCUGGUACGUCUAAGGAACCCUGGGAGGUGGAGGACAGCAAUGACAUGGCUGACAUGGGUGGCUUGGAUUUAGAACCAGCGGGGAUGGACAGCCCUGGGGUAGACAGCUUGCACAUCGAUCUGGACAACUUGUCUACACAGAUGGACAGAGAAGAGACAGAAGAGGAGGAUGACACCACCGUUGCAGAGGGGAGCAGGGCGGAGGGGAUGACUGAAGAUGAGAGCAUCGAGGACUUCCAAUUCGAGGAGGAGCUGGAUGAGUUUCCCCUGCAAAAAAGUCCUGAGACGUUUGCAAUGUCUGCUAGCCCUGUAGCCAUGGAGACUUUCGAUACUGCAGCUGUAGAAACUCCCAAUAUUGAACCAACACAGCAGGUGGAGAGUAAAAAGUCUUCCAACACAUCCAAAUCCAGCAAAGCAGUAUUAGACAUGUUUUCAGGCCUGUCUCCAAACAAGGAACGGUCAGAAGGUAGCGCUGAUGUAAACCAAGAGAAGCCAGCAGAGGCGGAUUCCAAAAGGGAGGCACUGUAUGAGGAUGUUCUGGUGCUAGACUCGGGGGAUGUGAACUCUGGCUUGGAGCUGCAUGAUGUAGAAAAUGUAGAGAACGAGGCAGAGGAAAGACAAUCUCAGCCUGUGGAAAGAAGAAGUGGAGAUAAAGGUGAUUCAGCACCUGCAGAGGUUAAGACAGAAGCAGCUACAGAAGGUGACAAGAAUGUGUCUUACUUCACAUCUCGUGUGACGCAUGCUGAGAGGCCGACAAGCCAAGAAGGAUGGGAUUCUUCUGAUGAAGACACACUAGACAUAAGACCACUGCCAAACAUCAUGGACCUACCCAAGAUUCCCAAGAUACGACAGACAGUAACUACAAGCCGUGAAAAAGAGAAGGCAAAAGACAAGUCUUCAUCGUAUAAGGGGAAGAAAAGAAGAAGAGACUCAACAGUAGAAGGGCACCAAAAAGAACGCACAAAAGAGAAGAAAAGGGAUAGGGAGAAGAGAAAAGACACCGGGGAACAGGCAAAGAAGCGUAAAUCAGAUGCUGAGGAAGAUGUGUCGGUGAGUAACAGUAGUCGUAGGAAAAGGAUGAAGGCAAAGCGCUCAAGCUCUCGCCGGCAGUCCAGAGAACGAGAGAAAAGAAGAGAUGAAAGCCUCAGGGUAGACAGGUCUAGCUCUCUCGAGCAGGAGGGUGAGGGAAGGGCAGACAGAUCACACAGAAGUUACAGGAGACAUCGACAGGAUAGCUCCAGCUCUGUAAUAACUAUUUCCAGUGGAGAGGAAAAUUCCCCAGAAAGAACACGUAGGUCAAAAUCCAAGGACAGGUCUCGGAUACGCAGUCAGCAUUCUUCUGCUCCAUCCUCAAAGAGUAAAGGCAAGGAAGACAGAGAAAGGAGAAAGUACCACAAGGAAGGUAGAAGAGAAAAGAAUGAUAGUGAUAAGUCUGACUGGUCCAGGGGAUCGUCCAGAGAUAGAAAGAAGGAGGAAAAGAAGAGGGAGAGAAAACAUGAGGAUGGUGAUAGAAGAUCAAAGGAGCGUAACAGCGGAAAAGGGAGGGAGCAGAGAAGAUCUAAGGAAGGCUCUCCUCAAGAGUACAAAAAACCCAAGGAAAAGUCUCCAGAAUACAAAAGGGAGGAAAGGCUGAGUGAACCUCCAAAAUCAGACAGUAGGACAUUGGCAGAAAAGAUUGCAGAGAAAAAUGAGAAGCUGUACAAUUACGGCGACCAUGACUACAGGAAAGCCAAAGACGAUCAGAAGAAGGAGAAAGUUGAAAAGGUGAAGUCGGGAACGCUAAUGGAGGAACUCAGAAAAGUAGGCAAGCCCCGUCUACAGUCUACCGUUCGAAAAGUCUCCAACGCGGAACAAGACGAUGAUGUCCUUCCAUUCUCCAGUUUCCUGUCUCCAGGUGGUCUGGACAGGGACCACCGGUCCCGUGUGGAGAGAGAGGGACCUCGGACACCAGAGUACUCCAAACAGAAAAAUGGAGACCAGUCACAGCCGGGCAGUAAGGAUGAAGACAGCGAUGAAGGUGACUCUGCUACGCUGUCUAGAUUCUUGGUUCCGGGAGGAAUGGACAAGGAUCACCGAGGGGUGGACCAGGGGCAACUGUCCAACAGUAACAGCAGCUCGAGAGACGACCCUCGUGAGGAGAAGUUGUCGAGAGCCAGCGGAGAGAGGAGCAACCUUCCUGUGCUGGAGCCCCUCAGGCCGCCAGAGAUCAAACCACAGCUGACGCUUCCCCAGUCCCUCCUCACCGUGCUGGGGGUCCUGACAGCACAGAAGCCAAACGCAGGCGUCCCUUCUGGCCCAGCCACGACAGGCACGGGUGGGGGGCAGCACACCGUGACGAUCGAGGCCACGUCUCCGGAAGACGUGGAGAUGAGGGAUGUGGAGGAGUCUGGGAGGGAUGACAUGGAUGAAAACAUCGAGUCAUCAGCUGUGGAGAUGGACAUCAAGGAAAAGCAGAUGUUGGAGAAGCUGAACCGUCAGGAGCGUGUGGCCGAGGAGGUCAAGCUCGCCCUCAAGCCGUUCUACCAGGCCAAGAAGGUGAACAAAGAGCAGUACAAGGAGAUCCUGAAGAAAUCAGUUGUACAGGUCUGUCACACAAAAACUGGCAAGAUUGAUCCGGUGAAGAUUCGCCGGCUGGUGCGUCAGUAUGUGGAAAAAUACCGCGCGAUGGAGAAGUACCUUGCCAAAAAGAAGGGUUCGAGUUCCAGUCAGUCGGUACCCUGGUAUAGGCAAGGCAGGAAGUGAUCUGCUGGUGAACUCUGACCCUUACAAAGACUUACAUUGAUGAUUACAAGGUCCUUUUUUGCCUCCUACAAAGUCACUUGGACCACUGAGACACGUUGAGAGAUUCUGGCACAAAUAUGUACAUAGACACAGCCGACACUGAUCGUGUGCCAAUACCGAAUCCUAGGACUCAUAUCCCUGAAAAAGUGAACUUUCUGUACAGCACACCGUUGGAUUACUUUCCAACAUACAUUGCAGAAGGAGUCUUUAUUCUACAUCAUGUGGCAUCAGUGUUCUGUUUCAAUACUUUUUUCUAGAGUGAAUCAGUGUUACCCAUGCAUAGCUGAUUAGAAAAUAGCAUUGUAGUUUUUUUUAGAGCAAGUGUAAAGUCUUUUGAGAUACAGUACAUAAUAUUGCAUUGUCUACACACCGUUAUCUUGAUGUACAAGAAAGUUACAAAAAUUUAAAGCGUGGGGGGAAAGAGCUGGGGACGAGACUGGGGAAGUUUUGUUUGAAGGGUUUGCUCAAACACUUGGAAUCCACCCAACUGAAGAACAGUGCAACAGUUUGAAUGGGAGCUGCUACUGACGAUCUGUAAACAGGUCAUUAUGGAGUAAAUUAUUAGAGUCAGUGAAUUUUCUCUUUGGAACAACUUGUUGCUAACUUUAGAGCGUCACACCAAGAGAAUGUAGACAUACAACACUCCAUUAUAUACUGAUAACCACUGAAUUUAGGAGGCAACAAUGAUUGUAAUGCCUGUUUAAAACUGUAAAUCUUGUUACAUAGCAUUGUUCAAGUUCUUUCAAUGAAUUCUGCUGAAUGAAACUUGAACAACACAGAAAUACAGUAUAGAUUACCAUUUUCCCCUGCCCGAAACUGUGAUCUGUCAUUAUUGCAGUGCGGAAGGAGUGAAGUCGAGGAAAUUCUAAUCAUGACAGUCUUCAUCACCAAGCAGGAAAUUUUUAACAGUAUAGAAUACACAGAAAUAAAGUGUGUAUGCACUUGCUGACAGAAAUGUUAGAAAUGGAUUGAAGAAUACUGCAGAAUGUAGAGGCAUUAAACUUGGAAUGUACGUUUGUAUUGAUUUCAGCAUUCUACUAUAAACUAUCUU